CAGUUUUACCGUCAAGUGAACCUUUAAAUUAUUUUAUUGCAGCAAUUAUGUCUACAUGAUGGCUUAACCCAACUGAACAUUGCCCAACCGCCAAAAAAGUGAACUUCGGGGCCCAAAUAUUUAAAAUCUGCUGCGUUUUUCGCGCGCCUAUAAAAUAGUUUAGUCAGUCCAGUGUGAGUCACUGUGUGAGAGGGAUAGCUUCAGUCUCGACAUAAAAAAGACUCGUUUAGUUAGCCUCCUAGCAAGCAACGAUGGGAAAGCGACUUCAAAGUGCUGUUAUGCAGCCUGAUCGAGUGGAGAAGCGCUUGCGACGAACAAAGCCGAUCUGCUCUUGCAGCUCUCCUCGUCCACCUUUUCUCACUGCUCACUCCUCUUUCUCCUGGUUCGAAGAAGACGUAUGGUCGGAGAUCGCGAAGUUUAUGGACGGAAGGUCUUUGGUGAUGCUCGCCUUAACGAGCAAAUGGUUCCACCGCAUGAUCAUGGAAGAUAACAUAUGGAAGCUCGUUUGCCUGCGUGAUCUUCAGGUCCCAGCUCCUGACCACGUGGCAUUCAAGUGGAUCAACCUUUACACUUCAUCCUUUGGUGGAAGUCACUCUUACACAUUCCGCCAGCAGGAAAAGCAUAUCGAUUGGAUGCGUAUUGGUGCUUUUUUUCUCGAAUCGUCAGUGGCACUGCUCACGGACAGGCUCAAUUUGCCAGCCAAAAUCCCAGAAGAAGAUGCUACAAAGAGGAUGUUGCAGUCUUGUGACUGUUGUUUGUUAGACAAUGUGAAAUCUGGGAUCUGGAUAGCUGAUCUCCAGCUUGUCCGAUGCCCUGUCUGUGACCUCAAUACUUGCGAUGGAACAAUGCAGACAUUAGAUGCAAGGCAUAUAGAGCUGUUCCUCUGCGAAGGGUUUCAAAAUGGAAGCUGGGAAUACGAGCUUAUUGGAUCUCAUGAUGUCAAAGAGCGAGUAGAUGGAGCUUCUGGAGCUAUUUUUGACGUCAAACACCUCGAGGACCGCACAUCCCGCGCGGUCUUUGAUCUCAAGUCAUGGGCAGGAAAGCCCAAUGAUUGGCAGCCGAAGGCUACGAUCACCCUCCAUGCAGUUGCAGUCAACACCAAUUUACAAGAAAACGAAGGACUUCACAUCAAAUACCAAACCAUGAGAGCAGGAGCGGAUGGACAAGUCGUUUCUAUUAGAAUCUCUCAGCAACUCCUGUAAUUCUUCUCAAAUCCCUCAAAACAUAGGAAUUAAAAAAAAAAAGAAAAAAAAGAAGAAAACCUCUAUCCUUCUCUUUGCGGCAAUUAAAAUGCC